GACGCCGGGGCUGCGGUCUUUGCUAGGGAAACGGCUGUUGUCGCCCCGCCCCGCCCCUUGGGGGAGGGUGUUGGUCCCCCGUUAACUGUCCGAGUGGCGGGGGGCGCCAGCAUCGGGCGACAUGCCGGUGCGUUUCCAGGGGCUAAGCGAAUACCAGAGAAAUUUUCUGUGGAAAAAGUCCUAUUUGUCAGACUGUUUUAAUCCUUCUGUGGCACGGAGGCACCCAUGGGCUGGCCUUAGAUCAGAUCAGUUUGGAAUCACAAGAGAGCCAGGUUUUCUCUCCAAAAGAAAAGUCCCUUACCAAGACCCACAGAUUUCAAAAUCUUUUGAGUGGCAUGGUCCUGUGUCACAGAAAGAUGUGGUUCUCUCACCCAAACCCAAAGCUCUAGAAACAGUCAAAUCACAAGAAGAAAUACAAGAUUUCAGCAUCAACCAAGAGAGAGUUCCUGUGCUAGAAGCUUGCAGGGUUCCCAAGAGAACAAGAUCUCACUCUACGGACUCCAGAGCAGAAGAGGCUUUAGAUAUUGUCGAGGAUAAUGAGGACGAAGUGGGAAGCCAGAUGCCAGAAAAUGAAAGUGUGCAACAGAACCAUUCUAAGGAACCUCUUCCAGAAGAUGUAGAUAAUGGGGUGGACAGAGUUCUUCGGAGGAAAGCUGGAUUGACUGUGGUUCCUUCAAAUAGUGCCUUGAGACAUUCUGAAUAUCAAAGGCAAUUUGUUUGGAAGACCCCUAAAGGAAUUACUCCAGGUUUUACAGCCAAUCAGGUUUUCCACAAUAAAAGCCAAUUUAUUCCACAAUUUAAAGAUAAUCCAGUCAUCCACGAAACUGAAUAUAAGAGAAAUUUCAAGGGUUUAUCUCCAGUGAAAGAGCCAAAAUUAAGAGAUAAUUUGAAAGAGAACGAAAAAUUUGAAAUAAUAUCUCCUGAAAAGAAGUGUAAUAAAAUAGAUGACCCUUUAAAAUUAGAAGCAGAGAUGGAAUCAAAAGACCUCGAUCAGCCAAAACUGAAACUCAUUCCUUGGAGACAUCAAAGGCUUGGGAAGGUGAAUUCUGAAUAUAGAGCAAAAUUUUUGAGCCCUGCCCAGUAUUUCUAUAAAGCUGGGGCUUGGACACAUUUGAAGGAAAACAUACCAGAUCAGGGUUCUCUAAAUGUUAUGUGGUAUGCAGAGGUAAAAGAACUCCGAGAGAAAGCUGAAUUUUAUAGGAAACGAGUUCAGGGGACACAUUUUUCAAGGGACCACCUGAAUCAGAUUCUGUCUGAUAAAAACCGGUGUUGGGAUGUCUCUUCAACCACGAGCUCAGAAGGAACCAUUAGUACCAACAUUAGAGCACUAGAUCUAGCUGGGGAUCCUACAAGCCAUAAGGCUUUGCAGAAAGGCCCUUCUACAAAAUCAGAAGCAAACAGACCUCUCUUGGAAGAGCAGCCUCAGACAAAAGCUGUGGGAAAAGUGGGUGUGUCGGAUGCACCUACUGUGCCUGUGAGAAGGCGUCUAGCUUGGGAUGCAGAAAACCACAGUGAAGACACACAGAAACAGCCCAAAGAGGUGAAGCAGGAGGAGGAAAGGGAAAAGGCCAAGCAAGCUCAUCCAGAAGAGCCAGAGAAAUGGGAAGUACCUGAAAAAUACAAGACAGACAGGAUAAAAGAAGGGUCAGAUUCUUCCUCUCUGUCCUCAGAAAAAGGAGGCAGGCUUCCUACUCCAAAGCUGAGAGAACUCGAUGGGAUGCAGAGGACUCAUCAUGAUCUUACCACCCCCGCUGUUGGUGGCGCUGUUUUAGUGUCUCCAUCUAAAGUGAAACACCCAGUCCCAGAACAGAGGAAAAGACUGCCCUCUCAGAAUGCCUUAGACAUGCCAAAGAGUUUGAAAAAGAAAGAAGUUCGUGCUAUAUCCCUCCUGACUUCUCCAGCUGCUGGUAUGAAAACAGUUGAUCCCCUGCCUUUGAGGGAAGAUUCUGAAAUCGAUAUCCCCAAACUUGUAGAGACAGCUUCUUCAGUUUCAAACAUUUCAGAACAUCCUGCAAACAUACCUCAGAAGUCCCCUUCUCCUUCUCCUCCAUCCUACUGGAAUCCUGCUUGUCGAAUUCAGGGAUCUCUAAGAGACCCAGAAUUUCAGCAUAAUGUGGAAAAAGCAAGGAUGAAGCGUUUCCAGUUACCUCAGCCUGACACCUUUAAUGAAGAUGAGGACAGAUUAUCUGAGAUUUCUGCUCGUUCUGCAGCUUCUAGUCUCCAGGCCUUUCAAACUUUGGCACGAGCUCAGAAAAGGAAGGAAAAUUUCUGGGGUAAAACAUAAGUAAAUAUACAGCUUGUUGAGUUCCUUUUAUCUGGAGAAACAAUUGACAUAAUUUUCUUCAUUGCUUACUAUAUUGAGAAUUUUCAAGUAUUUAAAAUUUUUUAACUUUUUUUUUUUUUACCAAAAAUUGAUUUUAAAAAUAGUUAGGUUUUUGGAUAGCUUAUUCUUUUAUUUGAAAAAAAUUAAAUGCAAGAGUAUACCAAUUUAACUUUUAAAGAAUUCUUUUCAUAACUACUCCAAAGUAUGAAGACAUAGAUAAUACAGUUUUUCACAUGUUCUAACUU